AUGGCCCUUCCUGCGGCAACACUGAAUGACCAACAUGGGCAGGAAGUGGAGACGAGCUCGAGCAGCCGAAACCUUCAGUGGUUUCUACAGGUCAUCAAGAGCGCCCCACUGGCGGUGGCAUCUGAGCUUUCGCACCACCGCGCUCUUUUCCCCUUGGCUAUAGCUCAGAUGACCUUGCUGGCUGAUCAGCCUCUGCUGUCUACCAACAUGUCCGCAGUGGCCAAUGAAUUCGGCUUUGACGGGGCGGAGAAGGACGAGAAGCUGGGGGGCAUAGUGAGUGUCGUGUUUUUUGCCUGCGGGGUGGUUUCCUCACUCAUCGUGGGCCGCCUCGCGGACGUCAUGAAGCGCUCGACCCUGGUCUGCCUUUGCAUGCUGAUUGGCUCCACAGGCACCUUCAGCAACUCCCAAGCCGGAAGCUUCACUUCUUUGCUCUUCGGACGGGCUGCUGUGGGCACGGCUGUGGGUGGCCUCAUCCCGACGAGCUUCGCCGUCAUCGGCGACAUGUGCCCGGCGGAGGAGAGGCCUCAUGCGAUCGGCGUGGUGUGCAUCAUCUCGGGCCUGGGUCUUCCAGUCGGCCAAUCUCUGGCCGGUUUCGCUGGGUCCGCUGCAGGUUGGCGUGCACCAUUUGCUGUGGUCGGGAUCGCUGGAUGGUGUGUCACGCUUUUGCUGUUCUUCAUUCAUGAAGAGCCUGACAGAUCCAAAGAUCAACAACUGAGCCACGACGUCUCAUCCUGGUCUGCACUCACCAAGCCGACCGUCCUUUGCAUCUGUUCACAGGGGGUUUUUGGAUGCAUACCCUGGGCCGUUAUUGGCACGUUCCUCACGGACUAUCUGGCUGUGAAUGAUGACAUGGGCGUGGCAGGGGCUACCAGUGUACUGUUCUGCAUGGGUGUGGGAUUUAUCCUUGGUACCAUUGCUGGAGGCAAGCUAGGCCAGCAUCUGUACAAGAAGGACAAGAAGCUACAGGCGUGGUUGACAGGUCUCACCAUGUGGGGCGGAAUGCUACCGCUAUUUAUCCUGUUCUCUACUGACCGGCCAGAUUGCCCCUUCAUGUUUCACAUCCUGGCCCUGGUGGGUGUGUUCUUGGCUGCCUUUUCCCCCGUGAACCUCAAGGCCGUCCUCUUGAACUCAGUCGCGACUCAAUCCCGUGGCACAGUGUUUGGGGUCUACAACAUUAUGGACGAUUUGGGCAAAGGUUUGGGGCCUGCCCUGGUCGCGAGCUGGGUCCGGCACCUGGGCCGCCGGAACUCCUUCAUGCUUGGCAUGGCUUUUUGGCUGCCUUCCGGCCUCAUUUGUCUGCUCAUGGCCCGCACCAUUCCACACGACGACUUGGUGGAAGGCGAGGAGCAGCUGAGCAUCCUGAACCAAGCAGAAGUCCAGAAGCCUUCCAUAGAAUGCAUGAUCAACUGCCAGCGCCAGCGAGGCAUCUGCAACUGCUGGAGCUGGAAAGACGACGGCUUCUGCAGAACUGGUUCUGCUCUCCGGUGCACGUACACGGCCAGCGAGGACGACGACCGCUGGAUGUUUGGCACCUGUCCGCUACGAGGUGGUCAGAUCGCAGAUGCAGCGCCCCCGAUGCAAGCCGAGCCUGCGAAGGUGCAGGACUUGCGAGGCGUCAUGAGCAGCAGCGGCAUCGACACCCAGCAGACGAGACCGCCAUCACUGGCCCUUAGCUCGGCGGACGCGAGGCUGCCUGCAGUGCCCGUGCCCGCACCCGUGCCCGCCUUGGGCAGCGCUUCUCAGGCCGUGGCCCAGAAUGCGGCCGCUGAGCCUCGCACACAAGCCAUCCCUCCGGCCACACUUCUCCCGUCGCGAGAUGGAGCAGGUGGGUCGCCGACACUCGCGACUGAGCCUCCCGUUUCCGCGGAAAUGUGCCCGGUUCUCAUGAUCACCCACAAGCGUGCCAACUACCUCCAAAGGGCUUUGGCCUCGAUCUUCCAGCAGAGAUCGGAUCCUGCUCGUUUUCCAGUCAUUGCCUCGCAGGACGGCGACGAUGCGGAGGUGUUGAAGACCUUACAGGAAUUCAUAAGAUCGGGGCGGCUGUUCAAGCGUUUGCAGUUUCAGCCCAAGACGUUUCUGCCUACGGGCUACGAGCGCUUGUCACAUCAUUACGGAUGGGCGCUUGGGCAGGUAUUCGACACACUGGGAUACCAGCAAGCCAUCCUCUUGGAGGAAGACCUGGAGAUCUCUCCCGACUUCUUUUCCUUUUUCGAUGCCACGCGACCGCUGCUUGCGGCCGACCCAGAUCUCUUUUGCAUUUCUGCGUGGAGUGACAACGGAAAACCAGAGGUUGCCAGCAACGUCACUGCUGUGUACCGGUCGGACUUUUUCCCUGGCCUUGGGUGGAUGCUGCUCCGAAGCUUCUGGGAGGAGGUGAAGGAUAGAUGGCCUGCAAAGUACUGGGAUGACUUCCUGCGCCGCGCAGAUGUUCGCAAAGGUCGGCAUUGCCUGCGCCCGGAAGUCAGCCGAAGCCACACUUUCGGAGAGAAAGGUGUUUCCUAUGGGCAGUUUUACAAGGAGCAUCUGGCAGGAAAUGUGCUCAACGAGGCGGUCGUCGACUGGAAAUCCGUUGACCUGAGCCACGUGGCGACUUCCGCGGCUUUCGAUGCUUACCUCACGGAGCAGGUCCGCAAUGCCAGACUUGUUGCGUUCGAUGACGUCUCGCCAAGCUUGGUGCAAACGCUGCCGGAGAGGCAAGCCCUGGCUGUCCUCUACGAUGACAGGCAGUGGAGGCGCGUUGCCAAGCGCUUUGGCCUCAUGGAGGACGAGAAGGAAGGCAUUCGCCGGGGCACCUACCGGGGCGUGCUGCCCUUCACAUGGAAGGGUCGUCCAACCUAUCUGGUCCGAGAAUGGCCCGAUAUGCAGAGCUUGAAGAAGUGA